AAAGCAAUACCAAUAUUUAAAUUUUUAUAUCUGAAGAAAUGCAACUUAUGUAUAAAACAAUCGACAAAUUAUUGAAAUUAUCAAGAGAGCAUCAGAAGUCAAAGAUAUCCAGAUGCAAAGUAAACAAAAAACCAGGUGACAGUUAUGGCAAGAUAUUCUAGUGAAUCAGAUUCAGAUCAUAAUAGCAGAUAUCGACGAAGACGUAGUAGAAGAUCUAGAUCAUCUAGUUCAGAUUCUAGUGAUUCAUCUCCUCAUAGAAAAAGAUCAUCCAAACAUUCAAAAACAAAACGUAGACAUCGCUCACAUUCGAGAAGCAGAGGCAGAGACAGAGAUCACAAUCAAAAGAGUUAUAAAAGUUCUAGAAACAGUAGUUCAAAAGGAAGAGAAAGACAUAGAUAUCAUUCUAGGUCUAGAUCUUCAGAUUGUUCAAAAAGGAAAGCUAGAUCUAUUUCAAGAGAAAAAUCUGGAAGUCGUUCAAGUAGUUCACAAUCUAAUGUGAAAACUAUCGUAUCUGAAAAAACUAAAAAUGUUUUAAUAAAAGAUGAUUUCCCAAUUGAACCUCGUUUUAAAGAAGGUGUAUUAGAAGAAAUUAAUUCUGAAGGUUUUACACCCAAACAAUUUUCAUCGAGUACAAAGGAAAAAAAGUUUAAAAACAUUGUUAUAGAUAUUAACGCAGAUACUAUACAAGUUCCAACAGUGGCAGAAAUUCCUAAUGGAACAGAAAGUAUUUUUCAUUCAUCGAUAAUGAUCGAUCAAGAAGCAAGAUUCGAUAAAUGGGUGAAAAAAUUAUAUACUCUUAGACAAAAAGCUAUAGCUGAUUUAACACAUUCAAAUGUGAUUUGAUAGAUGGAUAAUUUAAUUUCGUUAAAAUUGAUCAAUAUAAAUAAAUGUUAUUAAAAAAAAUGUAUUUAAUCAUAUAAGUUAAAUUAAAAAAAAAUAAAUAAGAU